UGUAUUUUGUAAUGUUUUGCAGCUGAUUACGUAUAUUACGUUUUGAUAUUGUAUUUUGAAGUGAAGUAUUUGCGUUGGGUUUAUAGUGAAACGGUCAAAAUUAAUAAUUAGCUUAUAGUUAUAAAUUUGCAUUAUUUCUGAAAGAUUGGAAAGCGGUGUUGUGCAUAUUAAUUUUGUAGUGAAAAAGUUUAGACGUGUGACCCUUAGCUGCUUCUUGGUACCAUCUAGUUUUCAGGGCAGAGCGGGGUGGGCCAUGAGGGAGCCCUGAGAUGGCAGAGUGUUGCUGCUCCAACAUCUCUAUCAUGCAGCUGUUCCAUGAGCUCAAACAGAAGUUUCCUGCUGUCCCAGACAGAGUCGUCACAGAGUGUAUCAAACUGAACGCCCACGACAAGGAGGCAUGUGAGGCCGUGCUGUCCAGAGAAAACCAGUCGUACCGCGGCGGAGCGUGUAGGGCAGGUAUGGCUGCAGAGGGCUCCGGUCGCCCCGACUCUUUGCAGUUAGAGGAGACAGUGUGGGACUUUGACCGUCGGUUGCUAGGUCGUCAGUCGUUGGACAGUGUGCGGGGAGCGUUUUCGCGGUUAUAUGUGCGCGACCAUGAAGUGUCAAGUGAACAGUGCCACUGCGGUAGGACGAGAGUGAGUGUACAGUCGGCUCCCUCCACACCCAGUAAUCCUUUACCUCCACUGACUGUAGACGUGCGGCACUGCACCACGCUCAGCAUGGAUCCCACCCCCCACUACGGGCCUUCAGAGCCUUCUCGUCCGUUUACCUCCGUCAACUUGACACUCCGUCCGCCGUCUGCCGACCCCCUACCCAUCGACAUCAGUUCUGCAGCGGGAGGCCUCACUUACUCCAGCUGCUCCUACGAUCCCCGCCAAGGAUAUCAGUCGCGCCUGCAGAUCUCCAUUGGCCCAGGUGGAGGGGGAACUGUGUCUGCAGGUCGUACCCUCGCACACAGGCCGCCUCCUUCCCUCCGACCUGCCACUUCCCUACCUGAUGUUGCCACUACCUCCUCACAGCUCGUGGAUCCCUUGCCACCUGCCACCAGAGUGCGUGUGACGGAACAGCUGGAGCGCAAGGAGAAACUGUCACGCGAACUACACAAGUACAGAGAACGGCUAAGCAGCAUGCAGUUAAAUGUCACGUCCAUGCAGGCGGACCUGGAGACUAGACUGAGAGCCCCCGCCCCUUCUCUCAGGGUCAAGAGGCUGCGAGAGGAGAUCCUGUUGCUGCAGAGGGAGUGCAACCGUAUGACUGUGGAGGUCGACCGUUACGCUGAGAUCAGGCACGUCAACUCUGACACCCUGCUUCUCGGAGAGACAAAUGAAGAGUUCUACAAAAACAUUUACCGAGGUCAGCUAUUCCCUCGCCAGUCAGUACGGCAGAGACCAGUGGCCAUGGCGGGGGCAAGCGGAGGGGGAGGGGAGGGUCACAACUGGACCUGUCACGUCUGUACAUUCCACAACCACCCGGCACUGAACAAGUGUGAGCAGUGCGACAUGCCUCGUAUCAACACAGAACCUGAAACUCGGGACAUCCAUAUCCACGUCACUCAUCACAAUGUUCCUUCAUCACCCUACAGAAGAGUGGUCCACAGCUGGGUUGUAUGAUACAGCUUUCUACUUCUGCCUCGUAAAUACUUCAAUUUAUUUUAUACCUCGAUCGUUAUUAGAAGACUACCAAACGCCAGUCAAUUAAUUAAUAAAUCAAAUCUUUUUUUGUAAUUUUAUGGCCUAAAACGGAUCCUGAUUUUAACACAAAUAAUUUUUUAAAAACCUAAUAUGUGUGUGUAUACAGUCAAAAUAUAUUGUCAGUGAAAAAAUUUUAAAUAAUUUGACCUGGUAAUUAGUUGUAUACACUAAAACUUUAUAAAGUGGUGAUAAAUAUGUUGCUAUCUAUAAAUAAUAAUUAUAUAAUUUUUGUAUAAACUUAAACAGAAGCAAUUUGUAAGUGUAUGACAAAAAUUUUAUUUAAAUUGUAUCCUUAAUGUAUAAGUAUUUGUAAUUAUUUAUCCUGUAUUGAAGAUGUGUUUUCUCAAGGUCCUUUUAAUGCCCUAUCUUGUGUAGAACAAUAAUAAUUAAUGUUAAAACAUAGCUGUGAUAUUUUCACUUCACUCUACAGUGUCUUGUUUAAAACUUGUAAAAUAUUCAUCAUGUUUGUCAAUAUUUUAUAAUUUAAUAUGUGUAAAGGGUGUUUUGUCUAUCUCAGAUUUUUGAUUCUGAAUUAUUCAGAAAGACGGCUAAGUAGAUCAUCCACCUCAAUCAUUGAAAAUCUUACAGUAAAAAUGUUGUGUUUAUAAUUUUUUUUAAUUUACUAGGUGAUAAUUUCUUAAAAUAUUGUAUUUGAAAUAGUUUAUAUGAAGUAUUUAAAAGACUUGAAAUUAUAAAAAUAUAAAAAACCGUUAUAUUAACUUUAUGAUAUAAAAGGUGGAUUAUGUUGGUUUUCUGUUGCCCGUUGGAUUUCAAAUAUGAGUACGGUAAACUUCAUAAGUGACAAAAUGAAAGGUUAUUUUACUUUAAGCGAAGGUGCAAGUUUAUUUAGUUAUGACAUGGUUGUAUAUUGUAUUUGAUGUAUGUUACCUACUGUACUCUUAUUAUCCGAUAUUUUUUACAUUCCGACCAUAGCCAAAUCAUGUACAAUACGGAUAAUCAAGAGUCCUCAUAACUUUUAAACGAGAGCAUGUAAAUGCAAUAUUCCCGUCCUUUUCUAUUAGCCGAAGUAGUGAAUUUGGAGAAGUCUAAUAUUUUGGUCAACUGAUCUCCAGAUCCGAUUUGUGUAGAAUUGUAGAUUGUACACCCUCUUGCAGUUUGAUAGUAUAGAGUGAUGUAAGGACUGUUACGUGACAUAAUUUUAAUUAUUUCUUUGGCAUGUUUCAAAAAAUUGUUGAUCAAUCAAUCAAUUACUUAUUGUGUUUUUGUAUCAAAACGCAUAAAAACAUAUAAAUUAAAGGUAUAACUAAAUAUAUUAAGAUAAUGAACUGAUAAUAAACUAUUCAGAUACAGCUCUCCCCUCACCAUUCUCACUCCGAUGAAGCCUUAGAGAUGUGCCUCAAAAAUUUGUUCAUAUCCUUCCUUCCAAUACCACCUCCUCAAAGAAGCAAUAUGGACUUUGCUUAAAACCUCUCACUCUCACUUCCUAGCACAAAUUAACACUUGUCAAAUUUUUGAACAGAAAGUUUCAUACUUGUACAAAUAGAACGGACAGGUGUUGUUUCAGGAUAUUUGUCUCCCACAUAAUAGUUAGCUCAACAAUAAAUGCCAAAUCAGAGAAUACGCCACGGAUAAGUUGGAGCAAAGUAACAGCCAAGACAAGUGGGAACUUGUAAAAUACAUCCUUCAUCAACACUCCAUUGCAAAUUCAACUACAAAUAAAACUGUGAGGUCUACAGUGAAUUCUGAGCUAGGAAACCGACUAAACGAUCAACACUUUGUUAUCGACAUUAAAUUUAUGUGGUUGGCCUCUCAUAUCGCCUGGCCACAAUGGUGGCCAUGGCUGUUUUCUGUGUCAGGUUGUUGAUUUAUGACCAUGUGGUCUUUCUGCUCAGCGGGUCAACGGGCCACUUGUAUUGCGCAGUUAUAAAAUUCAAUCCUUAUCCAGUUGUGGCUGGAAAGUGCUGCAAUCUCUCGGCCAAUAAGUAACUAAAUUAAUAUUACUGUAUUUUGCAGCACAUACUAUGUAAACAUCGUUCAGAAUUAUUUUUGAUCCAAGUGUCAGUCACUGUAGCUGCUAUAGUAUAUCCUAUCAAUGUAUUCAAAUACUAGUGCAUUUGGUGGAGACAAGGCUCAAAAUAUGGAAAUGAGUUUAUAUUCUGUUGAUACUAGAGACCUAAUUGAGACUGAUUGUAUUGUAUUCUGCAAAUUAAACAUUUUUUUAAUAUCAAACUAUAACUUAAAUCACAUAUUACUAAGUUCAUUUAAUAACGAAUUCGAUAAAGUUUCAACCUUGAAGCUAAUCUUUGUAACUAUUUGAGAAUUUAAUUUAAAUCCGAGUAAAAGUGACGUAGAUGGUUACGCAAUCACAGAGUGGUGAUGCAGGUUACAGCCGGUCACUGUGUGGCCCGGAGAGCUGAGAGGACAACCACCUGAGACUCCAUCCGAACGUUAGCGAGAGAUAAGUUUUUGCCACAUCAGUGCCCUCUCGAUCCAAAGAGUUAAGGAUGACUAUUCAGUUAACAACUUUUUAUUUAUAUGUUUAUCGUUACAGAUCAAUAUUUUUGGUUUCAGACCUAAUUGUAAUAUAUUAGCUCUAUUUCAAGCUUCAAACGCUUUAUAUCGGAUACAUUAAUGUGUUACAACAUUUAGCCAGAGUUUUGAGUAAUCUUUCUACGGCUUACAUAGUGAGGUGCAUGACAUUUUACUAGGACUUUCUGAACCUGAAUAAUGUUCUACUUACUCUGCAGAAAACUGUAGUUUUGUAAAAUAGUAUAAAUUAGUUUUCUGAUUGGGAGUUAUAAACCACGGAUCCCCUCCAAGGAGGUGUACUAGUUUAGAAUUGCUUUUGUUAAUUUAAAGAAUUGAGACCGGGCGUGUCUGAUGCUUGAUUGGGAAAGGGAAAAUUCUAUUAUUAUUUUUUCUUAAAAUGUAUCAAUUUUGUCUCUUGUAGAGAAAACUAUUGUAUUACAUUUCAGAAUCAAAAACUUGAAAAUUAUCUAAAAAUGUUUGACCAUACUUAAAAUGCUAUAUUUAAUGCAUCUUAAAACUUAUAAGUAAUGGACAGUUUUAGUUGUUAAAGUAAUAUGACAUAAAAAUGAUUUUGGGAAUAUCCAGGAAAACUGAAUCAGUGUGUAAAGUACAAUUUGUUCUAUCAACAAAUUCUUUAAAACCCAGAUCUUGUAUGUUAUAAGAUUAGAAUCAUUACCCUGCCAGUACUAGUUUACUCAUCUUCAUAUGCUUAACUUUAAUAAAACUUUUAUAAAUAUAUGAACAAUCAAUUUUGCAUCACAUUGAUUGAUUUUUUUGGUGGUAUCUUAGAGGUAGCUUCCAAUUAACUACCUAGGUAUUUUAAAUAAAUACAGAACUAUAAGUCUUCCAAAGAAAUGUAGCCAAGAUGCUUUCAAAAAGCAUAUCAUAAUUUAAUUUUUAAAUUAUAAUUUUUUAGAGACUGGAGAAUGUACAGAUUUGAAUGUGUCAAUACUAAAUAAGCAGAAGUAGGCAAUUUUUAAAUUGGUGCCUUUUUUUAGCAAUGUUACUGUGUAUAGAGUUUUAACUUAAAGGCAGGGAGUGAGUUUUCCACGAACUCAAGGCUAUACAAUUCUAUAAAAGUUAGUUGGGUAGCCUAUCAUGUUGAGAUGCUCUGUUACGUCUUCCAUCCAAAAUUUUAUCCUCAAUCUUCCCAGAAAUCCAUUGGAAUAGUCCAAAAAUGAAAAUAAACAUAAAGUUGGUCAAUUUAAAAGGUAUUAAUUACAAAUAAUAAAAUUUCUCAUACAAUCAAUAUUCGAGAUAGGAAAGUCUCAUUUAAUCUAGCCAUCUGUUUAAACCAGAAAGAAAGCCUCAUUUAAACAUCUGAGAUAGUUGAUGAAACACUCUGUAUCCCAAUUAAUUUUUAUCUUAACUAAUUUUAUGAUAACUAUUUAAUUCCAAAUCUUCCUAUCAUAUUAAUUAAUAAGAUAUAUCAAUGUAAUAAAACCAAUGUAAAAACUGGAAAAGUAUGUUAUUCAACAUCUUAUUGAUAUAUGAACACUACUUAUGGGUGUUAUUGUUAUUUAAAUUUUCAGAUUCAGCACUAUUAAGGUCAUAUUGUGGCAAACUUCAUAGAUAAAACUUGCAAUUUAAUUGAGGUUACUAUGCGCUUAACCUUAUCUUAUAACUAGCAUACAUAUUGUAUAUACUGUGAAUAUUGUAUAUUGCUUAUUAGUCAGAAAUACUGAAGUAAUUGUAGAAAUAAUAUUAUGCAAUAAGCAAUUUUCCUAUUUACUCCUUUAGUUUAAUUUAUUUGUAUAGACAAUAAGGAAUGUAAAUUAUGUUUAGACAAGUACCUAUAUUUAGAAAUUGUCCGACUUGUUGAAAUGUUAAAAAUUGUGUUUUUUACUGAAGUUAUUUGUUAUUUAUUAAUAGUUUUUGUCUAAUCUGUGUUUACAAUUUUUCAAGUUGACUUAAAAGCCUUUACUGGUUUAUUUAUAUUGUUUCCCAAAUAAAAUAAAUACAUUAUGAAAAUAUUAUUGUUAUAGAGCUUUUAAACACCAGAAUGACUGCAUAAUUUAACAAUAAAAUAUGUUAAUUUCUCA